UAGAGGAGUACGGGUGUGGAUGCCAUUGAAGCUAUUUGGACUCGCACCAUUCAGAGAUGCAUUAACGGAAAAAAUAUUGUUAGCACGUUACUUUUAUGAACAACUAGCAGAACGAGGCGACUUCCAGUUAGGACCAUAUCCCGAAUUAUCAGUAGUUGUAUUCCGUUAUGCCAAAGCUCCGAACGACACCGAGAAAUUCAAUAAACAAUUACUGGACAGUCUGAUGCGGGACGGCAGAGUGGCGCUUGCUUCCACGCGACUACGCGGUGUUUACUAUCUUCGUAUGUGUGUCCUCUGUUUUCGAACACACCUGAAAGAGGUUGACUUGCUUCUAGAAAUGGUUGACAAGAACGUUGAGACUUAUCUGAAAUCAGUUUCUAAAAAACCAUGGGAAUCACAGCAAUUAUAUUCAAGAGGUUGAGUUAUAACUUUAAGUGAUGACAUCAUUGUUGUCAAAACACCCGAAUUAUAUUUACAAAGAAAAUGAAUCAUAAAAGCAAUGAAAUAUUUGGAUAUGAUACAUAUUUAAUCUAUGAAUGCAUUACAAAUGAUACUUUACGUUGUAUUCACGCAUGUGUUUAAAUGUAUUUUUUUGCCUGAAUCACUUUCAGCUUACUCC